AUGAGGCUCUCUCUCUCUCUUCAUUCUCCAUUUCCCUGCUCUCUCCAUGGGAACCCAACAAAGAAACUCAUCUUUUGCGCUCUCUCUUCGCAAUCCCAAAUCCCAGAUGGGUCUUCUUCACAAGUCCCUGAAACUCCCCCUGCUUCCCCAUUGCCUCCAGAAACAACUCCUGAAAGAACUCCAUUACCCAAUGCACAAAUUGAUGAGGAUAUCUCACUUUCUCACUCUAAAACCUCACAGAUCGAUAGAGAAAUCUUAUUUUCUCCCGCCAAGACUGUUUUGACCCAAGAACAUGUAGUAGAAGUUCUCUUGAACAACCAAUCCCACCCAAAAGCUUCUCUGAAGUAUUUCAGAUGGGCGGACGCUCAGCGAGGCUAUCUUCGAGGCCUCGAACCUCUCUGCAUUACUCUUCACAUUCUUGCUCGAAACAAAAAUUUACCGAGUGUGCGUAAAUUGAUUAAAUUUUUUUUCUCUAAAAAGUCGAUUCCUGGUGCUCCAGCCUUUAUCGAUUGUCUCAUGGAGACCUCGAAAAGGUGUGAAUCUCACCCUCAAGUAUUUGAUUUGGUGUUAAAUGGGUACACGAGACAUGGGUCGGUCCCUGAAUCUGUAGAAGCAUAUAAGAGACUGGUUUCCAAUGGUGUUUUCCCUAGUAUUGAGUGCAUAAACUUACAUUUGAGAAAGUUGGUUAGGCUGGAUUUUGUAGAUGAGGCGUGGAAUUUGUAUAGAGAGAUGGUAGAUAGAGGAGCAGAUUUGGAUUCUGAAAUUCUCGUUACCAUGGUGCAUGCAUGCUCAAAAGGAGGGAAACCAGAGGAAGCCGAGGAUUUUUUUCGAGAAAUGAAGGCUAAGGGUUGCAAAUUGGAUGCUGUGAUUUAUACCAGUGUAAUUCAGGCCUUGUGUAAGAAACCCAAUUCGAGAAAGGCUUGCGAAUUACUGAGAGAGAUGAAAAGCUUGGGUUUGGUUCCUUCUGAGUUUACUUAUACAUGUCUAAUUGGUGCGUGCUCGAUAGAGGGGAACUUAGAAGAGGCAUUGAGGCUCAAGGAUGAGAUGCUUUGCAAUGGCUUCUCUCUCAAUGUGGUGGCUGCUUCGAACCUUAUUAAUGGAUAUUGCAAUGACGGGAAUCUGGAUGGCGCAUUUGAAUUGUUCGAUAAAAUUCAGCCUACUGGUUCAACCUAUGAAAAUCUGAUCAGGGGUUGUUAUAAAAAUGAAAGCUUCGAUAAGGCUUGUGAAGUUCUUUUACAAAUGAGAGAGAGAGGAUUCUUUCCUAGAAUAAAAAUCCUUACUUCUAUUUUAAAUGUCUAUCUGAAGAAGGGGAUGUGGAGAGAGGCAUUAAACUUGUUCAAAGAGGUAGUGGAUCGUAGAGAAGCGAAUGUUGUCACUUAUGCAACUGUCAUCCAUUGGUUAUGUAAAGAGGGGAGAGUGAGAGAGGCUUGUGGCCUGUGGGGAAAGAUGGUCAGCUCAGGAAUAAAACCAGAUGUUGUUUCUGUCAAUAGUUUGUUACAUGGGCUUUGCAGGGUAGGGAACAUAGAUUUGGCACGUAGUCUCUAUGAGCAAAUGACUCAAGAGGAAGGUAUAAUACCAGAUGAUAUAACCUACAACACCUUAAUAAUUGGAUGUAUUGAGAAAGAUAGUUUUGAUCUCGCUAUGAAGUUACUGGAUGACAUGAGAAGCAGAGGCCUUCGGGUGGAUAUUGUACCUUACAAUCGCCUAAUAUAUAGGUUAUGCAAGAGAGGCUAUAUCGAUGUUGCAGUCAAGCUUUUCGAUGAAUUAUUUGAAAUUGGUCUGGCUCCGGACUCUGUCACAUACAACACCUUAAUUGGGGGGCAUCGAAAUCAAUGUAAUAUGAAUGCUGCUCUUAAGUUGCAUAGGAGGAUGGAAGAGGAGGGUGUUCCUUGUAACUUGGUCACUUACACUACCCUAAUUGACAUGUCACUUAGAGAAGGAAAUGUUCUCUCGGCCUCAAAGCUUUACUCAAAGAUGCUAGCCGAGAGCAUUAUGCCUGACGAUACCGCUUACAUGGUUCUUUUGCAUGGUCUUCGUUACAAAGGUGCUCAGAUAGAGAAUGCUAGAGAAUGCUUGGAUGAGAUAUAUACAAAGGGGUUAUCUCCUGAUUCUUUUGUGUACAGUGCCUUGAUCGCAGAAUGCUUUAGGGAAGGGCAUUUUGAAGAGGCAUCUCGCUUGCAUGAUGAGAUGAUCGACAAGGGCCUCACAGCUGAUGAUGCCACUUAUAAUGUCCUCUUGAAUAUGAAGUUUGAAGGGAAUACUUUAGCUGCAUAG